UGUUGCGUGAGGGUCUGGCACUUUGUGAAGACACACCUACCGAGACGGAGUGAAACGGACAUCUGGUAUUUCAACUUGUUUAAACUGCUCCCAACUUUGUCUCAUUAUCACUCGGUGCUCAGUAGCGACUCGUUCAGGAAAUAUUCCGAGCAGGGAAAUGGCCAACUCCAAUUACUGGUCUGUACUUGCCUGUCUGACUGUAACCUGCUCUGUGUAUUUUGCUACCUCUGACAUUUCCUGUUACAAUGACGAUGGGCAGCCAGUGGACUGGUUCAUUGUUUACAAAUUACCCAAACAUAUCAGUGAAACGGGUUUACAAUACAUGUACAUGGACUCCUCAAGCAAUGGCUGGAGAACUGGAAACCGAUUGAUUAAUGACACAGGCUCUGCUGUGGGAGGAACUCUACAGCAGCUCUAUGAGAAAUCCAAACUGCAGAGGGACCAAGUAGCAUACGUGCUCUACAAUGACCAGAUCCACCUCACCUCGAACAGUUAUGGUGGACAUACGAAAGGAGUUGUCCUUUUGGAUGACACACAAGGUUUCUGGUUGGUCCACAGCACUCCGAACUUCCCACCCAGAACUGACCAAUCCUACAUUUGGCCACACAAUGGAGAGAAAAAUGGACAGUCCUUCCUGUGUGUUACCUACCGAUAUGGCCAGUUUAACGAUAUUGGUACGCAGUUGUUGUACAAUAAUCCUCAUGUCUACGAUUAUUUGAUCCCACCCUCUUUUGCCAAAGACCUGGUGAACCUCAACAAGGCAGCGACCGGGGAAAAGCUGGAGACCCCUCCCUGGCAGAGUAAACUCGUCCUCUCAUCAGCAGCUGGAAAACAUUUCACCAGUUUUGCGAAGAGCAGGAAAUUUGGGGAUGAUUUAUACUCUGGCUGGGUGGCAGACUCCUUUCAGAGUGAUCUGUUGGUUCAGACAUGGCCAAACUCCGCACACACUCUCCCAUCCAACUGCACCAUGACGUACUCUGUGUACAACGUGAAGGUCAUUACCUUCAACACACAGCCUCGCUUCGAAAGCAGCGUGGAUCACUCGAAAUGGUGUGUGACAAGACCAGGCUCAGACGUGAAGUGGACCUGCAUUGGGGAUAUCAACCGAGACCAGGCGCAGGAGCACAGAGGAGGUGGAACGGUCUGCACUGAUGAUCCAGCCGUCUGGGAUUCUUUCUCGAAUUUGGUUGCAUCCUGUGAGUUUUGUGCAUGCACUUGCAGUGAGAAGGAAAGCAGGAGCAUGCGAGCUGAGGCUUGGACUGUGGUUUAAGGGUAAACACGCAAUUGUUUGUUUCUGCUUUGCUUCUCUACGUCUGCAUUCUCGAAACUGUUUGUUUGUUUGUAGAUCGGUCCACAGAGAGAGAUUUGCUGGCGUCCCAUCUGGCCAGCUUCAAUCCAGGCUCUGUCCCUCAAGCAGGCAAUCAUCUCACAAUCUUUCUUUCAGACCCAUAUUUCGAAUGAGACACAAAUCAAACCCUGUCCUACACUCUCCAUGGGGGCUGAAAAGACCCCAUGACCACUAUUACAAAGGGGAGCUGGGAGAUCACCCCCAGUGCCCUGGCCAAUAUUUAUUCUCGAACCAACCUGAACCAGAUUAUCCAAUCAUUGCUGGUUGUGAGAGCUUGCAGUGUGCAAAUUGGCUGCUAGGUUUCCCGUAUUACAGGAGAAAGUGAGGUCUGCAGAUGCUGGAGAUCAGAGAUG